GUUCGUGUAAGAGAAAGUGAUCAUCGAUGUUAAUAUUAUGUGUUAAAAGUGACACGAGAAUGGUUUUAUAGCAGUGCUUCCGUAAACAAGAUGAACCUAUUAGCAUGUCUCCUUUGCGCGUCCUCUGUUCUAAUGUGCCACGCGAGCCAGCUUAAUAAUGGUGGAAACAAAAAUGCAAUUUCUAUUACAAACCCUACACUCGAAGCUAUAAAUGGGACGCCAAAUUAUAGACUGCUGAAUCCUUUUAGAGCUACACCAUGGUAUCCAGAAAGAGAGAUGAAACUAGACAGCUGUGUGAGAAAAGCUCAUUGCGAGCAGCUGGAUAAGCUGACCUGUUUAGGUGCCAAACUAUCUUAUGACAAAACCAGCGUACAUCUAACUUUUUAUGAGACUCAAAAUGAAAUUCAGAUGCAGCUGGAACAGUACAAGGAGUUGAUAAAUGUGCCAAAAUGCUGGGCGGUCAUACAGCCUUUACUCUGUGCGACUUUCAUGCCAAAAUGCGAGGAGAUUCUCGGCCAAGACAUGGUGUACUUGCCUUCCUACGAGAUGUGCAAAAUCACCAUGGAACCUUGCGCUAUACUGUACAAUACCUCAUAUUUUCCGUCCUUUUUGAAAUGCAAUUCUACACUGUUUCCGUCUCGAUGCGAUAACGCUGGGAGAGAGAUGAAGUUUAAUACGACUGGGAAAUGUUUGCCACCACUUAUACAUACCAAUAAGCAGUUACAUUUUUAUGAAGGGAUGUCGGGUUGUGGGUUGCCGUGCCGUGAUCCUCUGUACACCGAAGACGAGCAUCAGCAGAUACACCGACUAGUGGCCUGGUGCGCGUGCACUUGCUUGGCCCUCAACUUGCUGACGGUGGCGACCUUCCUUAUAGAUUGGCGGAGCUCUAACAAAUAUCCCGCACUUGUUAUUUUUUACAUCAACGUGUGCUUUGCUGUUGCAUCGAUGGGAUGGCUCGUACAGUUUGGCGUUGGGUCUAGAGACGACAUAGUUUGCUCAAAAGAUGGGACCAGGCGGCAAGGAGAACCUUCUGCUGAAGAAAAUUUGUCGUGUGUUGUUGUUUUUGUAUUGGUAUACUACUUCAUGAUGGCAGCUUGUGUGUGGUUUGUUAUAUUCACAUACGCAUGGCACAUGAGUUUUCGAGCAUUAGGCAAAAUCCAAGACAGAAUAGACAAAAAAGCGGCAUACUUCCACCUAGUGGCGUGGUCUCUCCCGCUAAUCUUGACGAUCGCGACCAUGGCCUUCGGCGAGGUGGAUGGCAGCAGCGUGACAGGGAUAUGUUUUGUGGGAUACGUCAACCAUCCGAUGCGGGCUGCUUUGUUAUUGGCACCGCUGUCGGUGGUUCUGGUGCUUGGAGGAUACUUCUUAUUGAGAGGUAUGUUCUCCUUGAUAGCGGUGCGCGUUUCCAGUAAGGACGUGAUAUCGCCCCGCGCCGCCAACAAGAUCCGCCAGACCAUCACGCGCUGCUCCAUAACGGCCACCUUGGUCGCCGUGUUCAUCUGCGUCACCUUCGCCUGCCAUAUCUACGAGUUCAGGAAUGCUGACCUUUGGAAAGAUUCGUUUAAGAAGAAUAUUAUAUGUCGUCUAGAAGCCCUAAAGGACAGCAGUAAGGAGUGCUUGGGCGACGUGCGUCCUUCAGUGUCAGUGCUACAACUACGGCUGCUGUGCUGCUUCGCGGCCGGCGCGCUCAUGGCCACCUGGACCUGGACGCCCGCCGCCGCCGCCGCCUGGCGCCGCUACCUGGCCCGGAAGUUUGGGUGCUCAGUGGAGGCGGAGGUGACGCGGCGCGCGCGCAAACACGAGCUCAUCGCGCGCGCCUACCGUCGUCGCGGCGAGUUCGCGGCGCGAGGGCGGCUGUCCAUAUCGCUGGGAGGCAGUCGGCAAGACCCCGUCGGGCUGUGUCUGGACCAUACCUCGCCUAUUGACUACCCGGACGACGCCAAGCAUGAGAGUCAAUCGCCCGCGCAUCGCCGCUGCGGAGAGUUCGCGGCGCGCGGACGACUGUCCAUAUCGCUGGGAGGCAGCCGGCAAGACCCCGUCGGGCUGUGUCUGGACCACACCUCGCCUAUCGACUACCCGGACGACGCCAAGCAUGAGAGAUUAGUCUUUGUAGAUAGACUGAGCGAGUCGUUAAUUGAGCGCGCCUACCGUCGUCGCGGAGAGUUCGCGGCGCGCGGACGACUGUCCAUAUCGCUGGGAGGCAGCCGGCAAGACCCGGUCGGGCUGUGUCUGGACCACACCUCGCCUAUUGACUACCCGGACGACGCCAAGCAUGAGAGAAAACGCACGAGUCAAUCGCCCGCGCAUCGCCGCUGCGGAGAGUUCGCGGCGAGAGGUCGACUGUCCAUAUCACUGGGAGGCAGCCGGCAAGACCCCGUCGGGCUGUGUCUGGACCACACCUCGCCUAUCGACUACCCGGACGACGCCAAGCAUGAGAGAAAACGCACGAGUCAAUCGCCCGCGUAUUGCCGCCGCGGAGAGUUCGCGGCGCGCGGACGACUGUCCAUAUCGCUGGGAGGCAGCCGGCAAGACCCCGUCGGGCUGUGUCUGGACCACACCUCGCCUAUUGACUACCCGGACGACGCCAAGCAUGAGAGUCAAUCGCCCGCGCAUCGCCGCUGCGGAGAGUUCGCGGCGCGAGGGCGACUGUCCAUAUCGCUGGGAGGCAGCCGGCAAGACCCGGUCGGGCUGUGUCUGGACCACACCUCGCCUAUCGACUACCCGGACGACGCCAAGCAUGAGAGAAAACGCACGAGUCAAUCGCCCGCGCAUCGCCGCUGCGGAGAGUUCGCGGCGCGAGGACGACUGUCCAUAUCGCUGGGAGGCAGCCGGCAAGACCCCGUCGGGCUGUGUCUGGACCACACCUCGCCUAUUGACUACCCGGACGACGCCAAGCAUGAGAGAAAACGCACGAGUCAAUCGCCCGCGUAUUGCCGCCGCGGAGAGUUCGCGGCGCUCGGACGACUGUCCAUAUCGCUGGGAGGCAGCCGGCAAGACCCCGUCGGGCUCUGUCUGGACCACACCUCGCCUAUCGACUACCCGGACGACGCCAAGCAUGAGAGUUUUAACGGGGGAAGAAAACGCACGAGUCAAUCGCCCGCGCAUCGCCGCCGCGGAGAGUUCGCGGCGCGCGGACGACUGUCCAUAUCGUUGGGAGGCAGCCGGCAAGACCUCGUCGGGCUGUGUCUGGACCACACCUCGCCUAUUGACUACCCGGACGACGCCAAGCAUGAGAGUUUGUGUUUCCGCAGCGCGGAGCUGUCGUCGUCGUGGGCGGCCAACCUGCCGCGCUUCGUGCGCCGCCGCGACGCGCUCGUGCUGCCGGCGCACCACCACUCGCUGAGCUCCACGCCCGACCGCCGCAACUCACAGGAUUCGCAGAUCAGCAUCAGCCUGCGCCACGUCUCCGUCGAGUCCCGACGCAACUCCCUCGACAGCCAACUUUCAGUAAAAAUCGCGGAAAUGAAAACAAAAGUCGGCCGCCGCCGCACCAAACACACUAAAGCCAAGCGCAAGGCCCGCGCCGCCAGCGCUCGCAAAGAGAGCACCCCCUCCAUCGAGAGCCAGAUCAGCCGCUACUGGCUCCAGGCCGUCGCGGCCAACAACGAUCCGUCCCGGGAGGAGGUAAAGUUCAGUUUUGAUUGAUUCUAAAUACGAACGUGUAUUAUUUUCGGUUUCAAUUGCUACUCUAUCGCAGCUCCUUACAAAUAUCAGCGCGAUACCGACGAUGCUGAAUCGAAUGAUUGCAUAUCAUUGAACUGAAUAGAACGUGCGCGUGCGCAAAUCGAAUCGAGUCGUUUACCUUUAAUACUAUUUAUUUUAAUUUAGCGUGUAGGUUUACCAGUUCAAAUUAGUAUGUCCAAAGGUAUUUAUCCAUGUGAUAAGUUUUUAUUGUCAGAAUACAAUUUGACACGUGCGAGUGUUGUUAACAACUUUGUUUGUUGUUGUAUAUCAUUUUUAGGAACAAAAGACUGAUCAGAAUCUCUUGGAACUGUAUUAUCUCCCGUCGCGAUGUUUAAAGAUCCAUGACAAUCUCAAAGUUUUGUGAUAUUAUGUGUAACCUCAAUCAUAAUUUUAAUUGUGCCAUAAAGUUGUUGUGUGGUAUGAUAACUGACAGAAAUAAAUCAGAUUCGACUGAUAUUUUCGUAGCUACUAAGAUGUAAUUUUGCUAUAAGAUUUUAGAUAUAAUUAUCUAUACAUAAUGGCAAGCUAUUUUGAUUGUUUUACGGAUUAGCUAACUGUUGUUAUAUUAUGAUUGCAUUGAAAAGAUAGUGCAUAAACUGUAUUUGUUAAAUCAAUGAUUAGUUCCACUCUUGUGAGUGGAGAUACUUUGAUGUUAGCAAGCUGUCUCGUACAAAAAUGAGACGUGACAUCAUUUAUGUUGUUAAAACAAAAUGUACAAGAUAGGUUGUGAUGCAAUUGAAUUACAUAUACUUAUUGUGAGUAGGUUGUUACGAGGCUAUUGUGAUGAUGAAAUACAUAUUUUUAAUAAGUAGUGGACACUUUUUUGCAAUGUAUUGUUGAACGAUAUAUAGUAGCAGACUGUUUGUUAUAAAUCUGUAAAUGAUAUUAUCGAUCAAUGCAAAAGACUUACUGCAUUUUAUAAAUUAACUAUUGUAAGUUUGCUAGCUUUAAAAAUCGGCGUUUUUUACGAAUAUUUUGUUUUAUUACAUACCAAUAAUCUACUUAACUUUAUACAUAAUAAAUUCUGAUUUGGUAUA